GGAUUGUUACUUCUACGGCAUUUUUGGACAUUUUUCUUUCUUUUUCACUGAACAUCUCGACGAGACAGAAGUGUUCUGCUUAAUUAUUUUUAAUUAUGUCAUCGAAAGUAUCGAAGGAUAUUUUGUACGAGUGCGUCAACGAAUUGUUGACAAAGUCUACAGAAAAGAAACGUAAGUUCUUGGAAACUGUUGAGCUCCAAAUCGGAUUGAAGAACUACGAUCCACAAAAGGAUAAGCGUUUCAGCGGAACUGUUAAAUUGAAGCACAUCCCAAGACCAAAAAUGCAAGUAUGCAUUUUGGGUGAUCAACAACAUUGUGACGAAGCUAAAGCUAAUGAAGUUCCAUUCAUGGAUGCUGAGGCACUCAAGAAGUUAAACAAGAACAAGAAAUUGGUCAAAAAACUUGCAAAGAAAUAUGAUGCUUUCCUUGCUUCCGAAUCAUUGAUCAAGCAAAUUCCAAGAUUGUUGGGUCCAGGUUUAAACAAAGCUGGUAAAUUCCCUGGUCUUUUGCAACACAAUGAAUCAAUGACUGCAAAGAUUGAUGAAGUCAAGGCCACAAUCAAGUUCCAGAUGAAGAAGGUAUUGUGCUUGUCAGUCGCUGUUGGACAUGUCAACAUGACACCCGAUGAAUUGGCUCAAAAUGUUCAUUUAUCAGUCAAUUUUAUGGUUUCUUUGUUGAAGAAGCACUGGCAAAAUGUUCGUUCUCUUCACAUCAAAUCAUCAAUGGGACCACCACAACGUCUCUAUUAAAUGAUUAUAUACUUUAUAUAUUGUGAAAUUCCAAGAGCUACUAUAAUUUCAAAUAAAAUUGAUUGAAAUUG